AUGGCGUCCUGUAAUCUGGAGAACUUGAAUAUGCAUGCCAGUGCACGCGAAGUCGAAGACUAUCUUGAACGGUUCGAGAUUUGGUGUAUUACGUGGAAAGGACUCGAUGGAGAACGCAAAACGGCUUAUUUCCUAACGGUCAUCGGAAAGGAUGCAUACUCAUUGUUGAAGAAUUUGGCACUUCCUGACUCCCUUAUAUCGUUGUCGUAUGAAUCCCUGAAAACCUUGCUGCUGAAGCAUUUACAGCCGGCUAAUUUCGAAGCUGCUGAACGAGCCAAAUUUCAUUGA